UUGUCUUUCUCCUACCGAGAAAGCCUAUCUCUGUAUCAUUUUAUUCCCCCCACUGGUUUCGUUUUUAUUAAUUUUGAAGAUCUAUUUGCAUCCGUUUGGUUUCUAAUUCCACUUUUUUCCUCUUCCGAUUUUGAAGAUCCAGUUGGCCCUUCUCUUUCUCUUCUUCCGUUCAGCUAAUUCAGCGUAAUCGUUGCAAUGGGGAAGAAAAAGCAAGAGGAGAGUGGUUCUACUGCAAAAGUCAAGGGAAGCAGCAAAGAGGUGAAAAAAGAGAAACUUUCUGUUUCAGCUAUGCUUGCUAGCAUGGAUCAGAAACCUGAUAAAACAAAGAAGCCUACUUCUGCUAAACCCAAGGCAAAGGGCCCUAAGGUUUCAUCUUAUACUGAUGGAAUUGAUCUCCCACCAUCAGAUGAGGAGGAGUAUCCCUCCGAGGAAGAGCAAACUCAAUCUAACAGACACCAGAGGCAGAGCUUGAAGCCGCUUGAUACCUCCAUAAGUGAAAAGGAAUUGAAGAAGCGUGAAAAAAAGGAAGUGCUUGCUACCCAAGCUGUCGAGCAGGCAAAACAAGAGGCCCUUAAAGAUGAUCGUGAUGCUUUCACUGUGGUUAUUGGUAGUCGGGCUUCUGUCCUUGAUGGUGAGGAUGAUGCAGAUGCAAAUGUCAAAGAUAUUACUGUAGACAAUUUCUCAGUGUCGGCUCGUGGGAAAGAGCUUCUAAAGAAUACCUCGGUUAAGAUUUCCCAUGGUAAAAGAUAUGGUUUGGUUGGACCAAAUGGGAUGGGGAAGUCUACUUUGUUAAAACUUCUUGCUUGGAGGAAGAUUCCAGUCCCGAAAAAUAUUGAUGUGCUCUUGGUUGAGCAGGAGGUGGUUGGUGACGAUAGAACUGCCAUUCAGGCAGUGGUUUCUGCAAAUGAAGAGUUAGUUAGGCUUCGAGAAGAAGUUGCAGCUUUGCAAAAUUCUUCCAAUGGAGGAGAGGAUGAAAGUGACCUCAAUGGGGAUGAUACAGGAGAAAGACUUGCAGAACUGUAUGAAAGGUUGCAGAUAUUGGGUUCGGAUGCUGCUGAAGCUCAGGCAUCAAAGAUUCUUGCUGGGUUGGGUUUCACCAAAGAAAUGCAAGGUCGUCCAACUCGGUCAUUUAGUGGUGGCUGGAGGAUGAGGAUAUCUUUGGCCAGGGCACUUUUUGUGCAACCAACACUUCUGUUGUUGGAUGAGCCGACUAACCACCUUGAUCUUAGGGCUGUUCUUUGGUUGGAGGAAUAUUUAUUCCGGUGGAAGAAAACGCUGGUAGUUGUUUCCCACGAUCGAGAUUUUCUUAAUACGGUUUGCACAGAUAUCAUUCACCUACAUGAUAUGAAGCUCCAAUUCUACCGUGGGAACUUCGAUGAUUUUGAAUCAGGGUAUGAACAGCGUCGUAAAGAGAUGAAUAAGAAGUUUGAAAUUUAUGAGAAGCAGGUAAAAGCUGCAAAAAGGUCAGGGAAUCGAGUUCAGCAGGAGAAGGUAAAAGAUCGAGCCAAAUUUGCAGCUGCAAAAGAAACAGCAAAGAACAAGGGAAAGGGCAAGGUUGACGAGGAUGAACAUCCAGCUGAGGCCCCGAAGAAGUGGAGAGAUUACAGUGUUGAAUUCCACUUCCCUGAGCCUACUGAAUUGACACCUCCUCUUUUGCAGAUAAUAAAUGUAUGCUUCAGUUAUCCUAAUCGGGAGGACUUCAAACUCUCAGAUGUUGAUUUGGGUAUUGAUAUGGGAACUCGAGUUGCCAUUGUUGGGCCUAAUGGAGCUGGUAAAUCUACUCUCUUGAACCUUAUUGCUGGUGAUCUAGUUCCAACAGAUGGUGAAGUACGAAGGAGCCAGAAGUUGAGGAUUGGUAGGUAUUCACAACACUUCGUAGAUCUACUAACAAUGGGGGAGACAGCAGUGCAGUAUCUUCUUCGUCUUCAUCCAGAUCAAGAGGGACUCAGCAAACAGGAAGCUGUUCGAGCCAAACUUGGGAAGUUUGGACUUCCCAGUCAUAACCACCUCACUCCAAUUGCAAAAUUAUCUGGAGGGCAGAAAGCUCGAGUUGUUUUUACUUCAAUUUCCAUGUCUAAACCUCACAUAUUGCUAUUGGAUGAGCCUACAAACCAUUUGGAUAUGCAAAGCAUAGAUGCCCUGGCUGAGGCAUUAGAUGAGUUCACUGGAGGAGUUGUCCUUGUAAGUCAUGACUCGAGGCUGAUAUCACGUGUCUGUGAGGAUGAAGAGAAGAGUCAAAUUUGGGUAGUAGAUAAUGGGACCGUGAACACUUUUCCUGGUACUUUUGAAGACUACAAAGAUGAGCUGCAAAGAGAGAUUAGAGCAGAGGUCGAUGAUUGAUGCUGUGGUUAAAUUAGGUAUUGAUUUUCCCAUAAUAUUUAUAUUUAGUCAUAUAAAUGCAUAGAGACCUGCAAUUUUUC